GGGGUAGAGGAGGGUAAGGAAGUUGAGGAAUCCGGAGGGUUGGGGGGUUCGGGAGGUGGUGGAUCGAGCUCGACCAACUCAACGUCCUGAUGCAUGGAGUCACAGGUAAGGAGAUCCGUGAUGUCGACAAUAUAAAGUUCUACAUCAGGCUGACGAAGGAAGUGGUGGAACUGGCAGAUUGGAAACUGCAGAUGGACGCUGCCCCUGAGGCAGAAAAACCGCAGUAUCAGUUCUUCUACGAGAAAGCCUUGAAGAGGGAGGAGGAAGAGAAAGAGAGAGAGAGAAGGGAUAAGGUGCAGGCUCACGAGGCCGUCCUUAGCACCGUGUCCGCUCUGACCGAUGAGGAGGUAGAGGAGAAAACGUUUCCCCUCCUCAGAGCCUUAGCAGGGGUCCGGGUUGCUGAGGACCAUACUGGCCAACUCGCACAGGUGUUUAAGCAGCUCAAGGAGUUGCGCGAAGACAUGGCCAAGAUGGCGCAGCAGCACCGCGAUCAGCUGCAACAGUUUGCUAGUUUGCAGCAGGCUCAAAUCGUCUCUUCACUCACCUACCCUGCCUCCAAUGUUGUGUGUCAGUCGAGUUUUGCCCCUCUGACUACGUCUACUUCUUCUCCUUCCACUUCUUCUUCUUCUUUGAGUGUGGUUAACAGCCAAAGCGGAUCUGCAGCAAGUCCAGACCCCGCUGCUGCUGUUGCAGCGGCAAGUGGUGGUGCAGGGACUUCUGGAACUGUUGCAGCCCCGGACCCGGACCCAGCAAUGGCUGGGCCAGGCGGCAACUUUGCUUACAUCGACAGGAAGGCGGCACAGAUUCCGUCCAAGUAUGACGGAAAGGACGACGUCGAGUUUUGGAUCAGCUCUAUGCGGUCCUACUUUGAUGUAUUGGGGACACCCCCGUCCACUCAGUCGUCUAUCCUGGGGACCAAUGUGGAGCCCGUCGUGCGGGGUUUCCUAGAAACCCAAGNGGGGACACCCCCGUCCACUCAGUCGUCUAUCCUGGGGACCAAUGUGGAGCCCGUCGUGCGGGGUUUCCUAGAAACCCAAGUUGUCCAAUCAGGCUAUAAGAGAAUAGACCUGAACAAAUGGCUAAAGGCUACGCCUACUGCCGCACUUGAGGAUCUCUUGAUCAAACAAUAUGCUGAUCCACGUACUGCAGCUAAAGCAAGACUUAAGCUUGACAAGCUCAAGCACAGCAAGUGGACCGGCACCAUGCACAACCUGCAGCAGUAUGUUAGUAAACUCUUUGCUACUCCGGAUCUGGAGAUGACUGCGGAGUUUUGCUUGGAUGUGAUCAAAGGUACGGUCCCCUCUACUCUAAAAGAUCGCCUAGGGCUCGGGCUCACCGGAUAUAUAGAUUGGCUUACCCUUAUGCGGGACUUAGUCAAGCUGGAGGCACAAGACCUCCCGGAUGGAUCAAGUGGCAAAAAGGCCAUCGGCCGCAAACGGUUUCCAGGCAGCAACCGUUUUGCAGCGCAUGAUCUGCUUGAGGCUGAUGAGGAGACCCUCGUGGAUGAAUCUUCUCUUGAUGACGAUCGAGAGCAAGACUGCGGGGCAUCUUGCUCUUUAUCAGCCCAUGAGUCUGAGUUUGUAAAUGACGAAGAAUCCAUGAAUGCCUUUAAGAAGACUGCCUUUAAGAGUAAGGGGCCGAGGACCACAAUGAAGAACAACACUAACACUACCCUUCUUCCCAAGGGAGCAAAGAUUCCACCAAAACCGGAAGAUCCUGCCACAAAACCAUGGGUAGAUCUCCGAAUUAGUGAAAGAUCGUAACAGGGCGUAAACUCGGAAUUUUUAAGGAAAUUGAAGCAAAAUUCAACAAAUUUCAAAAAUAUUC